AUGUUAUCUGUUGUCUCUGCUCAUUCGAUCGCUGGUCUCACGGAUAUUUGUUAUACGAAAGACGGAAGUCAUUUCUUAACUUGUGGUCAAGAUGGUGAUAUUCAUGUUUUCGAAACAAAAUCUGAUCAAGUUGAACACAUUCGAUGUGCUGAUCAAUGUCAUUGUUUAGCUGUUCAUGAAUAUCAUGUCUUUGUUGGAACAAAUCGAAAUGAACUUGAAGUUCGAUCAUUUCCACACGGUGAUUCGUUACCCAGUCUUGUUCAUUUUACUCAACCUGUUUCAGCACUUUGUUUAUCAAAUUCGUUAUUAUUCAUCGGAACAAGAGAUUUCAAAUGUGUGAUGAUGAAUUUGAAUGACGAUUCGAAUAAAAUGAAACACUUUGAUGGUCAUCAAGCACCGAUUCUAUCGUUGAAUGUUUAUGAAGACAAACGAUGGCUGGCAACAUCGUGUUGUGAUGGUUCCAUUCGAAUAUUUAACAUUGAUAAACAAAAUUUAAUCAAACAAUUAAAUCUUAUUCAAAAAUCCAAUGAUAUCGAAACGGCUGCUUCGUUGGUCAAACUUGAUUGGGACAAAAAAGAUCAGAUGUUGGCAAUUCCAGUGAAAAAUACAAUUCAAUUCUUUGAAACAGAGAAAUGGACAAGAAAGAAAACUUAUGAAAAUGAUUCCAUCGAUGAAGCGAUCAAUUUAAUUCGUUAUUCACCCUGUGGAACCUUAUUCAUUGUUGCAUACGUCAAUGGUCAAUUAGCGAUCAUCAAUCGUUCAACAUUCGAUAUCUACAUGAAUUAUUCAUCGAAAGACGCAGUCUGUUCAUUGGCAUGGAAUCCCAUCGAAUCAACUCGAUUUACUUGUUCAACAAUGGCGGGUGAAUAUGCGCAUGUUGAUGUGUCGGAAUAUCUUUCUAAACCAACUUCGACACCCUCGGAUAAACUUGAUCUCGGCGUAGAAGAGGAAGAAGAGGAUGAGGAAGAAGUCGUGGAUGAAUUGGAAUCGAAUUCCAAUGAUGUGGAAAUGGCAACUGACGAUAAAGAAGUCAUUCCUAAAUGGUUCGAACGUGCCUCAUCAAUGUUAACCGAAACAAAACCGAUCGAAUUACAAGAGUCGUUUCAAUCGACAUCCACAUCGAAAUAUCUCGAAAGUCGAUUUCUACUUUGGAACAACAUCGGUGCGAUCACUUGUUACAGCGAACAAAUUCAAAUCUCGUUUCACGAUGUUUCAUAUCAUCAUUCGAUCACAAUCGAUAACAAAACAGAUAAAUAUUCUGUUGGCGAUUUGUCUCUAUCAGCAAUUGCACUUGGUUCAUCACAAACAGGAAAAUUAUGUUGUAUUUUAUAUCAAUCAUGGGAUUCCAAUAUGAAAGAAUGGACGAUGAAUACGGAAAAUAACGAAAAGAUCGAAUUAGUGACUUUGGGUGGAGAUUUUCUUGCUGUGGCCACAUCGCAACGAUUCAUUCGUUUGAUGAGUUUAUCGGGAAUUCAACAGCGAAUUAUUCGUCUUCGAGGACCAAUAGUCUCGAUGUCUUCAUAUCAAAAUCAUUUAUGGAUUAUUCACCAUUCGACCCAAGGACUUCCGAAAGAACAAGCAAUGUCGUAUGUGUUAUUAGAUAUAGACAAUGAUCAUUAUUCAACUGGUUCAUUACCUUUAACACCGAAAACAAAAUUGUCUUGGAUGGGAUUUUCCGAUAGUGGAAAAUGUUAUUAUUUGGAAAAAUCUGGUCAUUUGAGUAUGCUGAGACACAACAAAGGAAAUCAACUCGAACCUUUAUUGAUCUCCAACCUCAAACAAGAAGCGGAAAAGAACACGACGAAUUAUUGGUUAUUGGGAAUCAGUGAUUUUGACGGAAAAUUCCAAGUACGCGUCAUUGAACUUCGUGGUCAAUCGUUUCCCGACCUUGUUCCUUGGCCACUCGUCUCAAUAAUUUCACUUCCUUUGGCUCUUUAUCAAAUUGAUACGGAAAAAAGUCAACUUGAAAGUGACUAUCUCAAAAUGAAAUUAUUCACUCAUUCGACCGAUGAGGAUGAUUUUUGCAACAAUGAACGGCAAUGUUUGAUCAAAAUGUUCGCGUUAUCAUGUAAAUCGAAUCGUGAAUAUCGCGCUUUUGAAAUUUGUCAACUAAUGGACUCAAUCGCUCUUCAAUUAGCGGUCAAAUACGCGACAAAAUCAGGAAAAAUCACUUUAGCACAGAAGAUAACUGAUGAAUUAAUCGAGCAAAAGAAGGAACAAGAAGAAAAACAAAAGGAAAUCCAACGAUCUUCGUCACCACCACCGCCACUUCCUCUUCUUUCGUCUUCAAUCACGAUUUCUUCAUCAUUUGAAGAAGUGAAAUCAACUCGGACGAAAGCGGCACUACCAUCGGGUCCAUUUACUAAUCCAUUUCGAAAGAAAGCCGUGGUCAAUGACACAACAACACCAACGAAUGAUGAGUUUAGCCAAUGGAAACCGUCGAUUAAUAAAUCUCGUCUUGUUGCAACGACCAAAACAACGACUCAGAGUGAAAUUCAUAUAGAAUCAACAACGGAAAAUGAAGAAAUGAAUUCAACCAAUGGUAAACGCAAAGUCGAUGAAAGUGAAGAUAAUGGAAAAAAUAAACGAAAUCGACUUCAACAAUUUGCUUGUAAUCAAUAA